AUGCCGUCUCCAGUGCCUGCAACCAACUUCACAACUUGUACUAUUUUCAAGAUGAAACCAAACACGACUAACACAACACAAGCUCCUUGUAAACUCCCUGCUAAUGAGGUUUUCAUAUUUGCAUAUUCACUACUGUUUCUCAUCAGUCUGGUGCUGAAUUGCAUCAUGGUGCGGGUGUAUUUCUGUUCCAAUCAGAACGUUCACUCCAGUGUAACAGUCUACAUGAAGAAUCUGGUUGCAGCUGACUUCUUCCUUUGUCUUUGUUUACCUUUGCGCAUUGCUGCCUAUGCCAAUAAUUCAGAGAUAAUGAACAUUAUUCACUGCAGCUUUGGAGCUACAGCAUUCUUCAUAAACAUGUAUGCAAGCAUCCUCUUCAUGGACUUUAUUGCUGCAAACAGGUACCUAAAGAUUGUCCGACCAACGGAGGUUCAUGCUCUGCAGACGGUUCAUACUGCCCGCUACAUUUCUGCAGCAACAUGGGUGUUCUUGUUAGCUGUGUCUUCCUUCUACUUGAUCCUCUUUCUACAGAACUUCUGGGGUCAAAUUCCUGAUGCAUUUACCUGUGAAUCCCAGCACAAUUCCCAGCUAAGUUUGACCUACAAAAUUUUACACUGUUUGACCUUUGUGAGCUUCAUUUUUGUCUUGGUAUCUCUGAUUGUGCUAUACUGGAAGACUCAUAAAAAACUCAGAGACGUUCAGUUUUCUUCACAGGUCAGUUUCGGAAGCCAAACAUUCAAAAGGUCUACACAUAACAUGCUAGUGCUGGUGGUCAUUUUUUGUGUGUGCUUUGUUCCCUAUCAAUUGGUGAAACUGCCAUACAUAUUCAUCAAACCCCUGCUGCGUGAUUGUACAGCAGUCCACGUGUACUACAUCCUGAAGGAGCUCACCAUCCUACUCUCAGCACUAAAUGCCUCUUUGGAUCCACUUAUUUACUUUUUCUUUUGCAAGACCUUCAGAGCCCGGUUUAAUUUUAGAGGUCACCAACCUGACCAUGAAUGAGGAUUAGAUGGCCUUUAUUUUAUUGUGCUUUGUGAUGUGCUCCUUUCUUAUUUUGUGAUUGUCAGAGGAUGAGUACCUUUGCCGAAAAAAAAAAAAAAAUGGGUGUAAAAAGAGUGAAUUUGCAAUGGCAUUAUGGAGAUGGUAUUAUUUUAAUUUAGAAAGAAAAAAAUAUAGUAAUGUAAAUCAAAAUAUUAUAGAGUUAAAGAGUUAAGAGUCAAAAUCUUUAGCCGGGGGAACCCCUGGUUGAGAUGAAAGAAUCACCUGUGUUACCUGUGUUAUGUCUGUUGAGUAAGUGUUUAUUCUGAUUUGCUCCAUCGCCAUGCGCUUUGUUACAAAAGCCGGCCAGUUUGAAGCUGCUGGAGAGAUGAGUCUGGAGUUUUCUCCCCCAACUUACUUGCUAAACAGCAAUUCCUCCUGUUCCAGUCAUUUGCCAUUUUUCCCCUGUGUAUUGUGUACCGUGUAAAGUAGGGUGACCAUAUGUGCCAUUCAAAUAUCCAGGUUUUGGAUUUGUUUUCCUGUUUUCAUACUUGCCGAAGGUAAUGAUCUAAAAGUAGUUUGACCAAUAACAUGCAGGCAUUGUACAUAAUUGACCAGUCUUGGCAUGUGAGAAGGUUGGAUCUACAGAGAACAGCCAAAGUGAUGCAAAUAUGCAUACAUAUCAGGUUUGUUUGAUCUGAAGCGGUGCCGCACAGACCAGUCAAUGUAUGACAUCAAAGUAAUUUUGCAUUUCAGAAGCAUAAGGAGCUGUCUGCUCUCUAUAAUUCUCACAGUACUUUUGCAUUUAUUUGCUAUUUUGGCAAUGCCCUCUCUCAAGUUUAUUAUUGCUUUCAUUUAAAGAUCUUGUAUCUUCUGUAGUACUUUGUUCCUUUAUGUUAUGUCUAAAGAGAUCUUUACUGUUGAUUUGAAAAACUGUGUAUGCUGAACAGUGCUUGGAUGGAAGAUGGAAAUCAGUUUGUUAAAUUCUUUUAUUUCUCGACCUCUAACCUAGACAGUGGAAAUAGAACUCCUGGGUAUAUCUAAAACUUUAAUAAUAAAAGUAGUAGUAAUAAUAAUAA